AGGCGGAGCAGCGAGGCGGGGCUCCGAGCCGUUCCCUAGUGACCCGGAACUGAGACCACCCGUAGUUCUCCCAGAGGAUGGGCGGCGGAGCGGUAGGGAUACAAGAAGCGAUCCCUAGAAGUAGUCUGGUCUUCACUGAACGUUCUGGGCUUUUUCCAGAGGGGAUAAAAAAUAGGAAGUGACGUCUGGGCCCGAAGCAGGCCUGGUUCGGGACCGAUCCGCAGCUAGGCCUGGCCCGAGCCGCUCUCCCGCUGCGCUCUGGGUAACUGUACACCGGUCUGACCGGCCCCUGUCCCGGGAUCCGCUUGCCGCGCGGGAGCGGGAGCGGGUGUCACCCCGCCCGGACACCUGCCGCCUGAUUCAGGAGCUUUCUUUCUCCACUGAGAUGAAUACUAUCCACCCAUUCUACUCAGAAGAUCGUGAUAAAGGAGCAACCUUUUUUUUUUUUUUAAGGAAAUUUUUGAGAUAAGGUCUCUCUAUUAAGUAGCUCUAACUGUUCUAGAAUUUACUCUGUAGACCAGGUUGGCCUCACAUUCACAGAGAUUUGCCUGCCUAGAGAUUAAAGAUAUCUUAAUAUUCCAAUUCCAGGAAAAUACUGGAUAAUACCCUUAAAGAAAAACAAGAAGAAAUCAUGAAGAAAUGUUUUAAUUUUUAAAACCAUGGCUACAUCUGCAAAUCUGGACAUUGGGGCCCAGCUGAUUGUGGAAGAGUGUCCCGGCAGCUGUGGUCUCUCUGGGAUGCCAGACAUCAAACUAGAACACCAGCUGGGUCCAGACGCAGAGGAAGGGUCAGCGCAGGGUGUCGCCAUGGGAAUGAAAUUCAUAUUGCCGAACCGAUUUGAUAUGAACGUGUGCUCUCGGUUUGUGAAGUCCUUAAAUGAAGAGGAUAGUAAAAAUAUUCAAGAUCAAGUGAACUCUGACCUGGAGGUGGCGUCUGUCUUAUUUAAAGCUGAGUGCAAUAUCCAUACAUCUCCUUCUCCUGGAAUUCAAGUAAGACAUGUCUACACACCCUCUACAACAAAACAUUUCUCACCCAUAAAACAGUCAACUACUUUAACCAACAAGCACAGGGGAAACGAGGUCUCUACCACACCUCUGUUAGCGAAUUCUCUGUCUGUUCACCAGUUGGCAGCUCAGGGAGAAAUGCUCUACCUGGCUACUCGGAUUGAACAAGAAAAUGUUAUCAACCACACGGAUGAAGAAGGCUUUACCCCCCUGAUGUGGGCUGCGGCACAUGGGCAAAUAGCUGUGGUAGAGUUCCUACUUCAGAAUGGUGCAGAUCCCCAGCUUCUAGGAAAGGGUCGAGAAAGCGCGCUGUCGUUGGCCUGUAGCAAGGGCUACACAGACAUUGUCACGAUGCUGCUGGACUGUGGGGUUGACGUCAAUGAGUACGACUGGAAUGGAGGGACACCUUUGCUUUACGCAGUCCACGGGAACCACGUGAAGUGCGUGAAGAUGCUCUUAGAAAAUGGAGCUGACCCAACAAUUGAAACAGACUCUGGCUAUAAUUCUAUGGACCUAGCUGUAGCUUUGGGCUACAGAGGUGUUCAACAGGUCAUUGAGUCACAUCUGCUGAAGCUACUUCAAAACAUCAAGGAGUGAGGGACCCUCAGAAAAUGCCAUCUGCCCUUCUCACUCCUUGGUCCUUAAAUGAUAGUUUUGUUUACAUGUACAUUUUUAUAGUUUUGUUUGAGUGAAAAUUUUUAUCUCAGUUGCAAUAUUUGCUGGUUUUUAGUGAGUUUUAAUAAAUAUUCCUCUGGAUAAUUUACUUGUUUAUAAUAAAAUUAAUCCUGAUGGUUUUUUAAAUAAAUGUGUUUUACUAUAUAUUAAAAUUAUUAAUUAAUAUUUUAUGGCAUAUAACCUUUUAUGGUACAGGUGGUUCUGUGACUUUGUAUCAAGUACCACAAUUUGACACUUUAAGGAGAUGCCACCUGUUCGUCUUAACUCUUGUAUUAAUGCUUUGAGUUUGCACAGGACUUACUGUAAGUCUGUGGGGAAAAUAAUGUUCUUGUUGAAUUAAAAAGUACAGUGUGAUGGUUUACAAAAUCAUGUUUAAAUAAAAUACCUUGUCUGUUUA